AUGGCUCUCACACAAGCAGCGGGAAAUUCUACCAAUAAUGCCUUCAAGGACAAGGAGAAGCCUAUGGCCGUUCGAAAUGCCAACAUUUUGGCUGCCAGAGCUGUCGCAGAUGCAUGCAGAACCUCCCUCGGUCCCAGAGGAAUGGACAAGAUGAUUCAAGACGGCAAAGGAGGAACACUUAUUACAAAUGACGGAAGCACUAUGAUGAAAAGUAUGGCCGUUAUGCAUCCUUCUGCGAAGAUGUUGGUGGAUCUCUCAGCAGCACAAGAUGUGGAAGCCGGAGAUGGAACCACUUCAGUUGUAGUUAUUUGCGGAAGUCUGCUGGGCGCCGCAGAUAAAUUACUAGGAAAAGGAAUACACCCUUCAGUUAUUGCCGAGUCAUUCCAAAGAGCAGCUGCGGCAGCGGUUCAGGUUCUCCACGAUAUGUCGGUCCCAGUUGCUCUCAGUGACACUGCAACCCUUCUACAAGCCGCCAACACAUCUCUUUCUUCCAAAAUCGUUUCACAAUACUCAAAUCUUCUCGGUCCUAUGGCAGUGAACGCUGUUACAAAGACAAUCGAUAUCAAGACUGCUGAAAAUGUGGACUUGAAGAAUAUUAGAAUAGUUAAAAAGGCUGGAGGUACCAUCGAAGAUAGUGAGAUGGUUGAGGGAGUAGUUUUGACACAAGGUGUCUUGAAGAACGGAGGUGGACCUAUCAGAAUGGAGAAGGCAAAGAUUGGGCUUAUUCAAUUUCAACUCAGUCCUCCAAAGCCUGAUAUGGAAAAUCAAAUCGUUGUCAACGACUACAGACAAAUGGAUAAAAUUUUGAAAGAAGAGCGAACCUAUUUGUUGAAUUUAGUUAAAAAGAUCAAGAAGGCGAAGUGUAACGUUUUGUUGAUCCAAAAGUCUAUCCUCCGUGACGCAGUUAACGAACUCUCCCUUCACUUCCUUGCUAAACUCAACAUUCUCUGCAUUAAAGAUAUCGAACGUGAUGAAGUAGAAUUCAUCUGCAAAUCCACUGGCUGCAAACCCAUUGCCGACAUCGAUUCCUUCACUGAAGAUAAACUUGGCUCAGCCGACCUCGUAGAAGAAGCCCAAACUUCCGGUUCUAGACUCGUCAAAAUCACCGGUACCAAGAGUGCCGGCAAGACCGUCUCCAUCGUCUGCCGUGGCGCCAACUCCCUCAUUCUCGACGAAGCCGAGCGCAGUCUCCACGACGCCCUUUGCGUCGUCCGAUGUUUAGUCAAGAAGAAGGCACUGAUUGCCGGUGGAGGAGCCCCCGAGAUUGAAAUCGCAUCGCAGUUAGCACGACAAGCACGAGAAUUAACCGGCACCGAAGCCAUCUGCUGGAAAGCCUUCGCCGACGCCAUGGAAGUGAUCCCCACGACGCUCGCCGAGAACGCCGGUCUCAACAGCAUCAAAGUUGUCACCGAACUGCGCCACAAACAUGCCAACGGAGAGAAAAACGCAGGUGUCAGUAUCAAGAGUGGAGGUGUCAAGGUCGAUAUCGCUGAUGAGAAUGUGUUGCAACCGCUUUUGGUCAGCACGAGUGCUAUUGAAUUGGCGGCUGAGACGGUGAAAAUGAUUUUACGUAUUGAUGACAUCGCUUUAUCCAGAUAA